AUGGCUGUUAAAGGAUUAGGAAAAGUGGACCAACAAUAUGAUGGAUCCAAAUUACGUAUUGGUAUUCUCCAUGCCAGAUGGAACAAAAAGAUUAUCGACUCAUUGGUUGAAGGUGCCGUCAAGAAAUUGCAAGAAUUCAAUGUGAAGCCAGAAAAUAUCGUAGUCGAAUCGGUUCCAGGAUCAUUCGAAUUGCCAUACGGAACAAAAUUAUUCUUCGAUAAGCAAGAAAGAUUGGGAGAACCUUUAGAUGCUGUUAUCCCUAUCGGUGUGUUGAUUAAGGGUUCUACCAUGCACUUCGAGUACAUCUGUGACUCUGUCACCCACCAAUUGAUGAAGUUGAACUUCGAAUUGAACAGACCUGUCAUCUUUGGUGUUUUAACUUGUUUGACCGAUGAGCAAGCCGAAGCUAGAGCUGGUUUAAUCGAAGGUAAAAUGCACAAUCAUGGUGAAGACUGGGGUGCUGCUGCUGUCGAAAUGUGUACCAAGUUUGAUUAG